ACAAUGUCUUCCUGGCGCCACUGACGGUGAAUACUGGAUCUACUCACCUACCUUGGGCAACAAGAAGGUUCGAAUCUACUGUCAUAACAUGACUGGUAUACCCAGCGAGUAUGUGACCUUGGCUCACAUUAACAAGGGCGUCUACCCAGGCGUCAAGAACAAGAAGUGUGUCGGUGUCGAUGACGCGAUGACAGGUGUCAAAGUUGGGGUCACAGAAUUCUCGAAAGUCAAGGUCAACGUUGAGACCAUGACUGUGAUACAAAUAGACUUCCUGUUUGCAUCCUCGACCGGCUACCUGAACCCGUACGGCGUGGCUCAAGACUGCUACACCCGCCAUACUGACCAUGUUCGUAAUGCAUGCGGCCCCAAAGGAACAUUCCGCAUAGACACCAGAGGGACUGGGCUGUUGAUCAAUACAAAUCGUGGACCGAUGCAAGUGCUGUCGACCACUGUCAACAAAGGUUCAGUUAUUUACAGGUCGCGAUGA